CACGCGCAAUGAUAGCCGGAAGCAUCGAUGGGAGGAAAAUAAAAAUCGAUGAAAUUCACUGUAAUUCGCGAGUGUAAACCUCUCAGUUACUGUCCGUUUCGCGACCGCGGGCUCGACUCUGUCCGUCUGUAACGCCGCGGCCGUGCUGGAGGGUCCGGUAGGGAGCUGAAAAUGUGCUCCAUUUGAAGGAAGUUGCUCGGUGGGGGUUUAGCUGACGUGUGGAGAAGUUGAGACUGCCUGAGAGCAGAUAAACAAACACAAACAAGCAGGGAUCAGCUGAGCGCUUCUCCGAACCGAACCAGCAGCGCGGAGGGAUGUCAGGGACCGGCAGACUACUGUUUCCAGCCCGAGAAUGAUCCUCAGGACACCGUGACUUGUUCUGAUACUUGCUCCAUGUCAACUGUCAACACAAAGAAUUUGGGAAACACAACACGAGGAGCAGCCGUAGGCUUUAGCAGAAAAUCCACUGCUCCUGCCACUGUCUCUUUGUCAAGGCACAGCCAGGUUAGCCUGGACAACCAAUGAGUUUACCUUCUAGGCUUCAGCUCUAACGACACGAACACACAUUACAGUGCAAGGAGACGGAGAAGUGGAAUUAUCAUGGCCCACCAGGCAACCCCUAGUUCCCAGAAGGCCCUGAUGAUGGAGCUGAAGUCUCUGCAGGAGCAGCCUGUGGAGGGCUUCCGCAUCACUCUGGUGGAGGAGUCUGACCUCUACAACUGGGAAGUGGCCAUCUUUGGGCCCCCAAAUACCUUGUAUGAGGGAGGCUACUUUAAGGCUCACAUCAAGUUCCCAGUUGACUACCCGUACUCCCCUCCAACCUUCCGCUUCCUCACCAAGAUGUGGCACCCCAAUAUCUACGAGAACGGCGAUGUGUGCAUCUCUAUCCUGCACCCUCCUGUCGAUGACCCUCAGAGCGGGGAGCUGCCCUCUGAAAGGUGGAAUCCCACGCAGAAUGUCAGGACCAUCCUGCUCAGUGUGAUCUCUCUGCUCAACGAGCCCAACACCUUCUCUCCCGCCAACGUGGACGCCUCUGUCAUGUUCCGCAAAUGGAGGGACAGCAAAGGCAAGGAUAAGGAGUAUGCAGAGAUUAUCAGGAAGCAGGUGAUGUCGACGGCGGCCGAGGCGGAGCGCGACGGCGUCAAGGUGCCGACCACGCUGGCCGAGUACUGCGUCCAGACCAGGGUUCCCUCUCAGGACAGCAGCUCGGACCUCCUCUACGACGACCUCUACGACGACGACAUGGAGGAGGAGGACGACGAGGACGACGAGAGCGAGAUGGAGUCCGUGGGCGAGGCCGGGGCGAUCAGCGCCGUGGAGGACGGCGGGACGUCCACCAGACAUUACGACAACCAGGAUGACUCUGGCAACGAAGACUCGUGAUGAUCAAGAUGAAAACUCCUCCCUGCCAGCUCUCCCACCACCACCGCCACCCCCUCCCCCUCUUUUUUCAGUGUGUGUGUGUGUGUGUGUGUUUGCGUCUCUGUCUUGUGUGUGUAUGUUUGCACAUACAUUGGGGUCAAAAGUCUACUGCCAAAAACCUUUCAUCAUUUAUUAAACUAACACAAGUGUUUGAUUACUUCCCAGUUGUCAGCAUAGUGUUGUUUCGUAGCAUCUCAGCUGAAGUUCGUCGGUACCGUUUUUACUGAAAGUCAGAUUUUUUGGUCUUUCCACCGUUUGCCUUAAUUACAGCUUGCACUCUGUCCGGCAUCAAAUGUUCUGGAGAUUUUUAGAGAGAUUGAAAAUAUUCCCUGCACUGUUUUCGAGCACACUAAAAGUGUUUUGAGUGUACAUUUAACUUCUUUUUUUUCCCCCCCCCAUGAAUGUUUCAUCCAAGUCCACACCAUGUUAAACUCUAAAUUCUGGUAUUAAUCUGCAGAGCUUUGCGUUAUUCGAACACACAAGUUAACAACUCCGGAUAGAGGGAAAUAUCCACAAAACAAAAGACAUCCAUAAGGUUUUCCCAAUAUGGCUUCUGUAAGAUUCCAAUUAUGGAACAAAUGUUAUCAUUUCAUUUACUAUAUUUUUCAUUUAUGUCGCCUUUCAAAAUGUCUCAGAGACAUAAAGUCUUUCUUCUUCUGACAAGGCGUUACCCAAAGAUAAAACAGUCUCUUCCGGCCGAUACAAGUAAACAAAUUGUUUUAGUUUUUAUAAAUGAUGAAAACCAACAGUCCUUGUGGUGGCCUCUUGAACCCCGGUGUGGCCGGCCAGCUCCCCGUCUGGCGGCUCCACUUCAGAUUGUUUGUUCUUGUGCUUGAAAGAAAGAUUGGGUCUGUCCACCGUGUCUCUCCUCGUCGCCGUUCCUUUGGUCUCUCGUGUUCUCCGGGACGGCUCGGCCGCUUCGCCGUCUGGCUCGCCUCCCGGUCGACGAGCCGGUCGGCCGGUCCCGUCUCUCCGUCACUCGGCGCGUCCCGCGGAGGGAAUGUCUGUCCCCCUCGCACCCGUCUCUCUGUUCCACUUUGAUGCAAUCAGCUUCACCUCGCGAGCUCCACUCCUCUCGGACGAGUGUCACGUCACGGCUGUCUCCCCCAUCGACCCCUCAAAUCAGCAUCUUUUGGUGAUGGGCUACAACAAGGCGAAGACCUUCUUUUUUCACAUGGCCUCCCACACCUCUCUCUGCCUCUUAAACCUCAGGGCCUCAAUAGACUUUGACUGAGAGAGAAAACCCAGACGACGAGAAUCUUAACACACAAACUGCUCCUCACCUCCACCUCCUUUUUCUUACUUUGUGUAUCAUUGGGUAUUAUUGGAGGGCCGACAGUGCUCCGAACGUCUCUGAUCCCGCCGUUUACACAUGACUGAGUGUUGCUAUUAGUCCAGAUUAGGGUUGUUAUAGUGUUUUUUUUUCUUUUCUUUUUCUUUUUUUUGUAGCAGGCAAGAGUCAAAGAAACUCAAAAUGUAUCCUCUCCUCGAGGCAUUACUUACAUUUUGUCGCGUUAGAUGGGAAAGUGUUCAGAUUUGAUCCGUUACUCAAACACAGGCUGACUGCAACUUCCCGAACGUCGUUACUGUGCUGCACCUCGUCGAGAGUCUGUUCAUCCACAGGGACAAAAAUCCACAUGCAGCUUAGAAAUACAUUUGAAUGACUAUAACACUGAUUGCCUGUUAUCCGUGUGUGUGUUUGGAUGCGUGUGUGUGUGUGUGUAUUUACAUUCACUCUUCAUAUUGGCGAUGAUGUCAGGGCUUUCUGUGUGUUUGUUUUUGUGGAAUCAGUGCAGAUUUUAUUUUUCCCAAAUGACCUUUUGGACUUUGUCCAGCUGAGAAGUCAUUGAGUGUGUUUUGCUCCUUGUUCUAGUGUUUUCAUGGAACGCCUGAAUUGGCAGAUGAAUUGACUGAUUUAAUACAAAAAAAAAACAACACACAGAAAAAAAAACACAGACACACACUCUCUGAGUAUUAAGCUUUUGAACACACCAAAUGGCAUAAUGUGACUAUUAUUACUUGUGCUGCAUCUAGUAAAGUACACAUUUUGAGCUUUGUUUUACGAGUCUGUCGCCCUCUUCAACACGGCUAAGCAACGGGGCAAAUGGCGGCUCAAGUGGAUGGAGAUUAUGCCAAGGAAACCAAGUAUAACCCCACACCACCAUUUGUUUUCAAAACUACGGAGCAAUGGAUGCAUGUAGUGGAUUUACUGCUGUUUGAGAAAAGAAAAGAAACUCUUCACGAGACUCCGUUUUGGAUUGGGGAAACAUUUUCUCUUGGCUCUGUGCUCUGGAGGCUCACAAAGACUGGAUUCUGUUGAGGUUGGGGAAGAGAAAUCCACUUCUGAAAUGGACCUUUUGUUGGAUUUGUUAACGCAGCACAGAAGGCGGAAUGAUCCCUGAAAUUCAGAACAUUUCUUUAUGUUGUCUCCGGUUUUGCCCCUCCCACACGGUGCUCAGACAUAAGAUCCACAGUGGGCAAUGAAAGGAGCCACUCGUGUGUGUGUGUGCUUGUGUGUGUCUACGAAUGGAUUAUGUUGGUAAAGCCAUGCUGUGUGAUGGAGACUUCGAUGAGAAGAUUGGUCCCGCAGUGCUUCGUCAUUAAAUAUGUGUCUAAAACCAGCGGCAGGGUAGCUAGAUUUCACUGUACAACUUGGAAUAACAGAAAGAAUAUUCUAUUUGGAGACCGCAGCAACCCAUUUCUCUCUAUCUGAUCAUGAAUUAGAAACCCCGUUCAGUGCACGAUGAGCCAUCUGACAUCUGACACCAUUUUACAGGAGAGUGUAACGAGGCAAUUUGAGGUAGAUGUACUCUAUUAAUAAUUCAUUGACGGGUAUUUGGCGCAGAUCUAGAGAUGAAUGGACAAUUAACCCACAGACACACGAUAAGAACCUGGGAGAGAUUUCAUUCAUAAGAUUGUUACGUCAAAAUAUCGUUGAUCUCUGGCCACCAAAAACAGAUCAGUUCAUUUUCCAGUAAUACCGAAAUGGACCUGAUGAAAAGAAUGGAAUCGGGUUUGAACUUCACACACACACGUGCUCACAUUCCACUGGCUGCGGCUCAGUAGAUCCACUGCACGCAGUGUCUCGCUCAAGGAAAAAGAAAUCACGAGAAUUCCCAGAAUGACAGCCUUGUCAGAUGAAAUGGGUUUUUGCUUGGUUUUGUCCUGAACCGUGAGACCAUAUUUAACAGACGCCGUGUCAAUCUUCUCAUCUGUGUCUCUGUAAAUGUCCCAACAAAGUUUCCCAAAAGGUCAAACUGUUGCAUCAAAGCCAUGUUAUUACAAAUUUAGAGAUCUAAAACCUGCAUUAUUGUUCCAUUAGAGAAAAGGUUAGGCGUAGUGUAGCUGAGGAUCAGUGCAGACCUCUUCAUUAGAAGUGCACGUCUCUGUUUUUGUAGUCGAGGCGUCGAAUAAAAAGAUUCACAGAGCCGACUGACCUAAGAGAAACACAAACUAUUAUUAAAAAAAAAAAAAAAAGAAAAGAAGAAAAAAAAAA